AUGGGUCACUCUUACGGAAAGCGAGCGGGCACCCGCUAUGCCUUCAGCCGCAACUUCCGCCAGAAGGGCAUGAUCGCCCUGAACACGUACCUGAAGACGUACCGUGUUGGCGAUAUUGUUGACAUUAAGGUCAACGGUGCCGUUCAGAAGGGUAUGCCCUACAAGGUCUACCACGGCAAGACUGGUGUUGUCUACAACGUCACCAAGUCUUCCGUUGGUGUCAUCAUUUACAAAAAGGUGUGGCACCGAUACAUCGAGAAGCGCAUCAAUGUCCGAAUCGAGCACGUCCAGCCCUCCCGAUCUCGUGAGGAUUUCCUGAAGCGAGUCAAGUCCAACGCCGAGGCCAAGAAGAAGGCCGCUGCCGAUGGUGUUACCGUCCAGGUUAAGCGACUGCCUGCUCUUCCCCGGGAAGCUCGCACCGUCUCUCUGACCGACAACCCUCCUGAGACUGUUACUCCUUUGCCUUACGAGACUACGAUCUAA